AUGGUGGUCAGUGUUCUGAUGGUGGCGGAAAAGCCGUCCAUUGCGCAGACUCUGGCAGAUGCACUAUCCCCAGGCCAUAAAUAUUCGUCGCGCACCGGUGCGUCUCCGGCGUGUAAGGUGCACGAGUAUGAGGGCGACUUCUAUGGCCAGAGGGCGUGGUUCAAGGUCACGAGCUGCGCUGGCCACGUUUACUCAAUUGACUUCCCGCCCGAGUACAACAACUGGGACCGAGUGGAGCCUUUGACGCUCUUCGGAGCCCCCACGGUGAAGCAAGAGGCGAAUCCAAAAUUGAGGAUGCCGAAGCACUUUCAGACGGAGGCCAAAGGAUGCUCCUACUUGGUGCUGUGGCUCGACUGCGACCGUGAGGGGGAGAACAUUUGCUUCGAGGUCAUAGACAACGCGGUGCCCUACAUGUCCAGCGCCGGCAGCCAGCAGCAGGUCUGGCGGGCACAGUUCUCCAGCCUGGCCCCGGUGGAUCUCAAGAAGGCCAUGGCGACCCUGGGCUCCCCCAACAAGGACAUGUCGGACUCCGUGGAUGCGCGCGCCGAGAUGGAUCUGAAGCUUGGGUGCGCCUUUACACGGUUCCAGACCAAGUACUUUCAGGGCAAGUACGGGGAUUUGGACACCAACCUGGUCUCCUACGGUCCUUGCCAGACGCCCACGCUUUGGUUUUGCGUGCGGAGAAGCGACGAGAUCAACGCCUUUCAGCCAGAAAGCUUCUACACCAUCGACGUGACGGUGGCGAAAGCCGGGCGUGACCUUCAGGCCCAGUGGGACAGAGGCCAGGUCUUUGACAUGCCCAUCGCGAGCCUCUUCAUGAACAUCAUCCAGGAUGACAACGCCAAAGCCGUGGUCAAUGACGUGUCCCAGAAGGAGGACAGGCAGGCGCGGCCCCAGGCCCUGAACACGGUGGCCAUGCUGAAAAUGGCCAGUACCAGGUUGGGACUAGGGCCACAGCAAGCGAUGCACAUGGCGGAACGCCUCUACUUGGAUGGCUACUUGACGUAUCCCCGCACGGAGACCAACACGUAUCCCAAGAACUUCGACUUGCAGGGGGCAGUUCGAGCACAAUCCGGCCACCCUGCCUGGGGCUCCUACUCCCAGCAGCUCCUCUCUAAUGGUCUCGCACGACCUCGCGAGGGCGUCGAUAUGGGCGAUCACCCACCUAUCACGCCAGUGCGGGCAGCGACAGAGGGACAGCUGGGUGAUGCUUAUCGACUCUAUGACAUGAUCACUCGGCAUUUCCUGGCUACUGUGAGUGGCGACUGCAAAUUUCUGCGGACGCGAGUCAAUUUUACAAUUGUUGGAGAGGGCUUUUCGGUUUCGGGCCGCAAAGUCAUCGAUCCUGGCUUCACGGCAAUACAGCGAAGUGGUGAGAUGGAAGAUGUGAUCAUUCCAGACUUCAAAAAGGGAGAGACCAUUGAAAUCAAACGGGUUUCCAUGGGCAGCCACAAGACUCGCCCACCCUCGUACCUUUCCGAGUCAGAUUUGCUGUCCUUGAUGGAGAAGCAUGGGAUUGGAACAGAUGCUUCCAUGGCAACACACAUCAACAACAUUUGCGAGCGCAACUAUGUGAAGCUCGCAGAGGGUCGACGCUUGAUCCCUACACAGCUGGGAAUUGCCCUGGUGCAUGGAUAUCAGAUGGUGGACAACGAGUUGGUCAUUCCGAAGGUUCGGGCGAACAUGGAGAAGAACUGCACCCUUGUGGCUGAUGGCAAGGCAGAGGUCUUGCCGGUGGUCCAGCAUUGCUUGCGGCUCUUCCGUGAGAAGUUCAUCUACUACGUGACGAACGUGGAGCUCGUGGACCAGCUCUUCGAGACCAUCUUCAAGUCCUUGGAGGCGGCUGGUAGACCGCUGUCAAGAUGUGGAGAUUGCCAGAGGUAUCUCUCCGUUGUGGACCGCAAGCCUGUGCGCAUGUUCUGCAAAACGUGCAAUCGCAUUUUCAAGAUGCCGCAGAACGGGCAGAUGAAGCUCUACAAAGAGCUGAAGUGCCCGCUGGACAACUUCGAGCUCGUGUUUGUUGCGAACAAGGUGGGGAAGAGCUAUCCGAUAUGUCCCAUGUGCUAUGAUGAUCCACCCUUUGGUGCAAGAGAGGAGCAGGGCAAGCAUUGGAAUCUGGAUCAUCCAAUUUACAAAAAGUACCGGCCUGCGGUCAUGUCAUGCAUUGCCGAUAACUGCUCUGGCACGCUCUGCCUGGAUGUUGAUUCUGGACCAAAAUGGCAAAUUGAUUGCAACGUUUGUUUGCAACAGCUUUCCAUCUUUGAGGACAAGGCGCAUAAGAUCAAGGCCACUUCUGACACGUGUGAGGAGUGCGGCUCGGUGCUGCUGGAGGUGAUCUUUAACAAGGGCAAGUCACCGCUGCCGGACGGUGAGCUGGAGCGAAAGGCGUGCCUUGUCUGCGAUGAAAUCUUCAACACGCACACCGUCUCAAAAACCGGCAAGAACUUUUUCCGCCGAAAUCCUGGCAAGGGCAAGGACAUUCAGUGCAUCUGCCAGGGAAAAGGAAAAGGGAAGAAGGGCAAAGGAGGCAAGGGCAAGAUGCGGCGGACUCAGCGGGUGCCUUUGGGUGGCUUGUGGCGAGUGUCGACGGCUCAAACUUUUGCCACAGGCCGCGGCGAGGACGGCGGGUUCGGAGCACUGCCAAUGCUGCCCGUGCGGACGAAAAAUCUCGUGGCCGAGCUCGAGUCAGUGAGGCUGCGGAUGGGGGAUCAGGGUGAAAGGUCAGUUCCGCCUUUUGGCGCGGCCGAUCCGAUCUUGGGCUUGCAGCCCCCCGGCUUGGGGCCCAGCGGUUUGCGGUCGGAUGAACAGUGUUUGGACAUCGACAUCGUUCAAAAGGUGCCUGUGCGCGGCUUCUGCGUGUCCGCUGCGAGGGUGAAGGAGCUGCGGGACAGGACUGGUGCCUCCAUGGGAAAGUGCCGGGAGGCUCUGAAAGAGGAAGAGGGGGAUUUGGAGAAGGCCGUGGACUGGCUGAAGAAGCGGGGUGUGCGCUCCAUGGAGAAGCGUGCCACCGAGUCGGCGGAAGCUCUACUUGGGCUGGGCCUCCAGCAGAAUGGCGGCGCCAUUGUGGAGCUUCGGGCAGAGACAGACUUCGUGACACGCAGCGACGUGUACCAGCAGACAUUACGAUAUUUGGCUUCCACGCUAGCAGCAGCGCCUGAUGUUGCAGCAGGUGGAACUCAGGCAGCUUUGGAGAUGCUAGUGGCUGACGGUCCGGAUAGACCAGCGCAGCUGCGCGCAGGUACCGCGCUGUCGGAGGCCUUGCUGGAGCUGGGCAGCGUGCUUGGCGAAAAGCUGGUCCUUUCGCAUGUGCACUUCCUAGCACCUCCACCUGAUGGAGUCGUUGCAGGCUAUGUCCACCCCAAGUUUGCCGACAGUAUGCCGGGCACUGGCCGCAUGGCUGGCUUGGUUUCGCUGCUGGCACCAGGGUGCGAUGCAGCCGCCUUGCAGAGCACUGCAGCUCGUUUGGCGAGGCACGUCGUGGCAGCGCAGCCCCGCUUCUUGAGCGUCGGCAGCAUCUCCGCUGAGACGUUGCGGAAAGAGCAGGAGGUCUUCAAAGCGGCUUACUUGGAGCAGGUGGGUCCAAGGAAGGCUGGGGCAGUAGAUGAGCAGGUCCUGAAGAAGGUCAUCGACGGCAAGACCAACCGGUUCUACCAAGAAACUGUGCUGCCCUGUCAGGAGCUUGUGGCGCCGCAGGCUGGGGCCUCCGACAAGAAGCCCGUGCCCGUCGCUGAGUGGCUGCAGGCGGAGGCACGGCAGCUGGGCGUGGAGAAGAUCCUGGUGGAGGACUUUCGGCUUGCCGUGCUUUGA